UCAACAGUACGAACUUCAAAAUAUCAUAACAGAAAUUAAGUUAUCGGUAGUCAUACAAAUUUGUCGACAAUGGGCAGAGGAAGUGCGCGAUUGUCUAUCUUCAAUCUAUGCCAGAAAUAAGACUUGUGCUCAUCGAAGAAAGACCAGUUAUUACAUUGAAAUGUCAAUGCCAUUCAAUGCUUCUUAUAAUCUGCUUAUAAUCUGAUAAUUUCCAUUGGUAUUCAAACGUUUUGUGGUUUAAAUUUAAAGAAUUUUUGUUUCUAUGCCAAAAUUUGUCCGGAUAAUUAUUGGCUAUAAUUGAAUUGUAUAUUCACAAAAAACCUGGAUUUUUUAUUAUUUUAGUUACAAAUGUAUAAUAUAAACAGUGUUCCGCGGUUCAAAUAAGUUUGAUAAUCACUCUAGAAUAUAAUAAAAUUGGAGAUAUGGCAUACAAUGGAGGCUGGUUUUCUAUCAUAAUUUUGGAACUGUAUUUUAAAUACCAAUUUGUAUUAUUUGCAACUGUGAAUACUAAUGAAUGUUAAAUAAUGUUGUCAAAUUCUAGUUUUGAAAAUAUUUAUCUAAACGAAAUCCUGGACAUUGAUAAUAAAUAAAAAAAAAAACUAUAAAGUACUGAAAUUGAAUUUGCUUUGCCUCCGGAAAGAUCGGAAAUAUAACAGAAGAAAAAUGAAAUUCGCUUCUAUUCUGUGUUUCAUGGUUGCCAUCGUUAUCAUAUCAAUUGGAAAAGCUGAAUCGUCAAAGUUGAUUGAAAAAAGUAAUGGAAGAACGACAAAAAUCACAAAUGGCGUGAACGUGCAGAAAAGGAUGAUUCAGAUCAUAGUGCUAAAAAACCCAGGAAAAUGCCGUAAUUUCUGCAAGACGAAAAACUCCGAAUUUGUCGUGAGCUGCAGGCGACAUUUCAAGUCAGCUAAAAGACAAAAGCUUUAUGAAGAACUUUGCUGGACUUGUCGGGAAAUGUGCCUUGUACGUUCGUACGAUUUAAGCGGCUGAAAUGCUAAACAGCAUUGUUGUGGAUAACUUCAAUUAAUUAAUUUUUCUUAAUCACCCACUGAAGAAACGAACCGGUUUCGCGGGAUCUUCUAUUUCUACCUCCGCAGUUACCUCGAUUGAAAUACAAGAAGUAAAGACAAUACAUUUAAUUUGCUGUCAUUCCGUAUAUUUCCUUACAUAGCUUCUCGAGAAAAACUCUACAUUACCUUUCGAGUCGGAGCUUCUGGCAUAGGGGUAUGAAAACAAAAAUCAAUAUGGCGACAAUAUGGAGAUAAGAAUGGUUUGGCUAGUCAAUCAAUCCACUGAAAGUUCGAUUUUGAAUUUUUACAACAUUCGCUACGUUAGUGAAUACAACCUGACUUCAAGUUGUCUUUAUUUCAAUUUUUUUAUUAUCAUAUCUUAUUUAUUAAUUACAAA